CUCGAAUUAGAUUCGGAAAUCUUCGAUUGACUCAAGUGGCAGCAUAAAUGAUUAACCUCAACACCAACUUAACUUCCCUGCCCGCCAAAUCACCUCUACGCACGCCGGAUUGAUAAGGACUCUCUGGCCACAAUGGGACUCGAUAAUGUCAACAACAUCUUACUGGUGCUCUCCGGAAAAGGUGGGGUAGGAAAAAGCAGCAUCACAACCCAACUCGCCCUCACACUUUCGCUACAAGGCCACUCCGUCGGCGUCCUGGAUAUCGAUCUCACCGGACCUUCCAUACCGCGAUUCUUUGGCAUCGAAUCCUCCAAAGUCAGACAAGCCCCCGGGGGCUGGAUACCCGUCCCAGUGCACGACGGCCAAACUCUCCAGAACCAUCAUCCCACAUCAACCGACCCGGCUGAAUCAGCAAGGCAAAUAGGGCCCCUCUCAUGCAUGUCCCUCGGUUUCAUCCUAGCAUCGCGCAAUGACGCUGUCAUCUGGCGAGGCCCCAAGAAGACAGCUAUGGUCCGACAGUUCCUGAGCGAUGUGCUAUGGCCCUCGCUCGACUAUCUCCUCAUCGACACUCCGCCUGGUACUUCUGAUGAGCACAUCUCUCUGCUCGAGACCCUCCUCAAGAAUACUUCAUCGCCCACAGCACCCCCCAACCAACUUGCAGGCGCCGUUGUUGUGACGACCCCGCAAGCCAUCUCUGUGUCAGACGUGAAAAAGGAGCUCAAUUUCUGCAAGAAGACGGGAAUCAGGGUGCUCGGUGUGGUAGAGAACAUGGCAGGGUUCGUGUGUCCGAACUGCUCAGAGUGUACGAAUGUGUUCAGCAAGGGUGGCGGAGAGGUCAUGGCCCGCGAAUUUGAAGUCCCUUUCCUCGGCAGUGUGCCGAUUGACCCUGCUUUCGUCAUGUUGAUCGAGGAAGGCACGAGACCGACCUACCCGGCCGGUACGGUGAUAGCUGGGAGAGAUAUGAGCGUGGAAACGAAUCAAGAUGUGGGAAAACAAGACUUAUUGGUAGACAAGUACCGCAGUUGCUCGCUGGCCCCGAUGUUCGAUGCUAUUGUUUCAGGACUUGUUAAUGAUGUUCGGAGUCGAAAAUAAGCAGCAAUGUAAAUGUCAAAAUUUCAAGUUGACAGGUAUGGCGACAUUAAAUCAAAUCUGAUAUCUAGACUCACAAUGUGACACUCUACUGCCGUCACACCCAAUUCGCAUAGAGAUGUACAUACGAACAAACCUGUAUCAAAACUCAUCAAUGUCGGCAGCGAGACAAAUGCUUUCAUUGUCACAAAGUAGAAUGGGACAUGGCACUCAGAACGCUAGCAGGGCAUCAUAUCAAAAUAUUACAUCCAAGAAACCGAAUGAAUUUCAAGUACACAAAUUAUUUCCCUC